AUGGGCCAACAAGCCUCAAUACCACAACCCGGCGCCCAAAUCCGCGUCAUCGGAGCAGGCCUCCCACGUACCGGCACAACCUCCUUCAGCCAAGCGCUAGAAAUCCUCCUCAAUGGACCCGUGUACCACUGCGGAACGCAAAUCUCGCGCGGUCCCACGACAGAGAUAACCAACUGGAUGCCCAUUCUCCGCAGCCGCCUCAACCCCAACCAAGAUGCCAGCAGCCGGAAAACCAUGCUCAGCCUCCUGCACCGCCGAUUGGCCGGCUACGUCGCCAUAACCGACUCCCCAGGCUCCGAGCUCGUCCCGGAACUCAUGGAGCUGUAUCCAGACGCCAAGGUCGUCUGCACGACCCGCGAUCCCGUCUUGUGGGAGACGAGCAUGCUGCGCGUGCAGAGUCUGACGGGCGUGUGGUUUGCGCGCGCAGUGCUGCUCCCGCUGGAGGGGUUGAGGCAUUUUAUCCCGUAUGGGCAUCUGCUUGCGGAGUUGUGGGAGAGGCUUUAUGGGGGUGUUGCGGGCCAGCAUGGGAGGGAGACGUAUGCGAGUCAUGUUGCUUGGCUUAAGGAGGUGGUGCCGGAGGACAGGUUGGUUUUCUAUGAUGUUAAGGAUGGGUGGACGCCGCUUUGUGAGGCUUUGGGGGUUGAGGUGCCGGUUGGAGUGCCGUUUCCUCGGAUUAAUGACUCGGAAGCUAUUGAGAGGUCCAUUCAGCAUCAUUUGUGGAGGGGGCUGAAGCGCUGGGCUUGCAUCUUUGCUGUGGUUGGUGUUGGGGUUACGGCUUUUCGCAUGUGGAGGUGA